AUGGCGGCAGCGCAACUCCUUCUCUCCCUCGUUGUCCUCUCAGUUCUCUCUCUCUCCUCCGCCCUCCCCACCCAAACCCUCGUCAACGCCGCCGAAAUCCUCUCAGAUUUCGGCUACACCUCCAUGGCUCUGACCCUCGACCUCGCCUCUCAAACCCUCCUCCUCUCCCAGUCUCCUUCUCUCACCAUCUUCGCCCCCACCGACGCCGCCUUCUCUCACUCCGGUCAGCCACCGCUGAACCUCCUGCAAUUCCACAUCAUCCCCCUUUAUUUCUCUCUCCGAUCCCUCAAGUCCCUGCCUUUCGGCGCCAAGAUCUCAACUUUCCUCUCUGACUACUCUGUCUCCGUCACCACUUUGGCCUACGACCCCAGAGUCUCACUCAACAACGUCCCCAUCACUGUUUCCCCAAUUUUCGAUGAUGGGUCGUUGAUAAUUUUCGGAAUUGACAGGUUCUUGGACCCGCAUUUCCGGAUUUUGGGUCCUCUUCGGAGCUACACCCCCAAGAAUCUUGGAUGCUUGGCCCCGAAGAACCCGAACGAGGCGAUGGAGGUAAGGGAUGCUUAUUAUCCGUUUAGUGAAGCUUCUAAUGCGCUGAGGUCGAAAGGGUGCUCUGUUAUGGCUUCGUUUCUUGAAAUGCAAUUUCAUGGGUUUUUCUUCAAGUACCAGACCAUGAUGACUGUGUUUGCUCCAUUUGACCAAGUCUUGAUGAACCGAGUUGGGAACUUGAGUGAGCAAUCCUCCAUCUUUCAUCGCCAUGUGGUGCCCUGCAGGCUUUUGUGGAGCGAUUUGGUGAGUUUCAAUGAUGGGACGGUGUUGAGGACUAAUCUGAUGGGGUUUACAAUCAAUAUCACUCGAUCCCAAGACGUGUUGAUGGUCAAUGGUGUAUCGGUCAUUUUUCCGCAAGUGUAUCACAAUGGCUGGCUUUCGGUUCACGGAAUCAGUGAGGUUCUUGAGGUGCCACAUAGAACAGAGCAAGCAGAGCAAACAGAGCAAGUGACUGUGGCUCCGUCUGAAUUUGGUAACAGCUACCCUGAGGAAGAGAGUACCAUUAGUCACAGCCACUUUUUUGUUGUAAGGCCUACAUAA